AUGAAGACCAAAGCUCCACAGGACUUCCGUGCCAUUAUUGUGGGCGCAGGCGUCGCUGGUCUUACCCUCGCACACUGUCUGGCACGUAGAGGUAUUGAUUUUCUUCUUCUGGAAGCACGCGGGAAAAUUGUCCCCGAAUUUGGAGCCCCAAUCGCCGUUCUCCCAAACGCGUUGAGGAUACUGGAUCAAUUGGGGAUUUGUGAUGACUUACUCGGCUCUCUGGUGCCGAAGGAGACGGCCACAUCACGUUUGGAGACGGAUUCUCUGUAA